AUGAGCUUCAACGAUGACAACGAGUUCGUUGUGGACGAUGACGACGCUCUGAUCGAGAGGGCGGAAGGGGAGAUGAGGGAGGCAGAGGAGGAGGAGGAGACUGAGGCAGAAGAGGAGGAGACUGAGGCAGAAGAGGAGGAGGAACUGGAGGAGGGGGAUGAGGAGGAAGGUAUCCAGUUUGAAGAGGAAGAGGAAGAGGGGGAGGAGACUGGUGUCGAAGAGGAAGAGGAAGUGGAAGAAGAUGAGGAGGAGGAGGAGGAGGAAGAGGAGAUGACAGAAAUGAAAGGCAAGAGACGGGAAGAAAGCGGUGCCACGCCCAGUUCCGGGAGCGGUGGAGCCUCGUCCACAACCAGCGCGUGCCAGAGCCCCAAACACUACCCGGAUGCCGUCACCGUUUCCGCCUCCGCCGUUGGAACUCCACAGAACGAUGACGUAGCAGUCGCUGUUGGUGUUGCUUCUGCUGUUCCUGUGGCCUCGUAUGAAUCCCAACCAUCGCUUUUGGCAUCAUCAAAAGCGGUUGCUCUGACAGGGAGCGAGUCGCUGGUGCCAGCGGCGCCGGCCGUCAGUCAAGAAGUCGGGCGGCUGCGGCACUCUCCGCGCUUCCGUGACUUUCCGGGCAAGCUAGCGGGUGGACGUGAAAAGCGAUGCCGAAGUUUUUCGGCGAGCGAAGAGGCAAAUUUGGCAAGGGCUGUCUUGGCCAAGUUUGAGCUGUCUCUGCCGACCAUGCGGUUUGAUGCGCAGUUGAAGCAGAUCCUCUCUCCCUUUGCUGGUGGUGGGGUGUGA